GUCGUCGAGCGUGUGUUUAUAUUUUUUCGAAAAUAAAUAUUUCCUUGCAUGAAUAAUAAAUAAUUUACGUAUCAUUCUAAACAAAUUGGCAUUGAGUACAUUUGGUUGAAUAAUUGUUAAAGACAUUUUGAUGCUCUUAAUCUUAAUCAAUAAAUAGUUGGUUGAAGAUGUCGGGAGACGCGGCGGCAGGCGCGUCGCAUGUGGUGCUGGUGACGGGCGGCUACGACCACACCAUCAAGCUAUGGCAGGCUCACAGCGGCGUUUGCUUGCGGACUAUGCAACAUCCGGACUCGCAAAUAAAUGGCCUAGAAAUAAGGCCCGAUGGGCAGAUGGUGGCCGCAUGCGGGUACCAGCACAUACGCAUGUAUGACCUCGCUAGCACCAACCCAGACCCUGUCAUGAACUAUGAGGGUGUAAGCAAAAAUGUUUCUAGAGUUGGAUUCUCGGAAGAUGGCAAAUGGAUGUAUACAGGAGGUGAAGAUUGUACAGCUAAAAUUUGGGACAUAAGAGUGGGCAGACAGUUCCAAUGCCAGCGAAUCUUCCAAGUGCCGGCGCCUGUAAACGCCGUCAUCAUGCACCCCGACCAGACGCAGAUUAUGGUCGGCGACCAGAGCGGCAUCAUCCACGUGUGGGACCUGCGCACCGACCAGAAUGAACAGCUGAUACCAGAAGCCGAAGCAUCGAUCCAGGACAUCGCGAUCGACCCGGAGGGGCGCAUGAUGGCGGCCGUGAACAACAAGGGCAGCUGCUACGUGUGGGCGCUGGGCGGCGCGCCGCCGCGACCCGUGCCGCGCAAGCAUCUCGUCGCGCACAACAAGUACGCGCUGCGCUGCCGGUUCAGCCCCGACUCCACAAUGCUCGUGACGACCAGCGGCGACUGCACGGCGCGCGUGUGGCGCACCAGCGACUGGGGCCUGCAGCGGGAGCUGCGCCACGACUCGCAGCGCUGGGUGUGGGACUGCGCCUUCAGCAACGACGAGCGCUACCUAUUCACCGGUUCAUCGGACAGCUACGCGCGGCUGUGGGACCUCGAGAAGGGCACGCUGGAGCGCGAGUACUGCGGACACCAGAAGCCCAUCACCGCGCUCGCCUUCCGCGACCAGGCCGUCUAGAAUCUACUACACACUUACCCGAAGCAGUGGUGGAUUUGCCCUUAGGCCUUUAACAGCUUUUUGCUAUCUCCGAAUAUUCUUACCUGUCGUCCUACAUUACCCAAACGUGUUGACUCCGAAUGCUGUUUUUCUGAAUUUGAACCAUAAAAGUAGAACGCUAAAAUUGCCUUUUAAACGGGCGUGAUCCUUUUCACUGAUGAGAAAUGAGGUAGCCACCGCGGCGCACAAAAGAAACAAUGCCUUUUGUUUAACAGCUUAGGGUUUGGGCGAAAAAAUCAUUUGAGAUAAUUCGUACUAUACGUUGGGUUGUAAAGCUGUUUGUGAACUCGACCGUACCGCAGACUCUGAGGCCGCUCGCGUAAGUUUGCGCCCUGCGAGUGGUAGGCCGUCGGCUCCCGACUGAUUACGUCAUUUAUAUUUGAAAUUUUAUUAAUUGAAAUAAAAUCAUAAUUCCAACAACUCGAAAUGACGUAUGCUUAAAUGUUUAAACAUGGACGCCGCGCCCACUCAGUUUGCACUCUUACACAAACCUCCAAAUGGAGUUAAGGUUUGCGACUUUCAGUAUAGCGUACUAAACCUGAAAACCGCUUGACUUUAUUUGAAGGAUUAAAGAGGUUUCCGACUUUAGCCAAAGCAGCACCGACAACUACCUAUGAAUGUAUCAAAGGGCUCAAGACGCCGUAUCUUAUCACGAGUUUUGUUAAUCAGUCCGUCGAUUAUGCUAAGUGCUAUCUCAUGCUAUAACGAAGUUAAGCUCCUAUACAGUAGUUGAGGAGUGUCUUUUACCCUUUAAGUAGGGUAAAAGGGUUUAUUUUUGUAUGGAUUUCUUAGAGAAAUGAGCCCUUUUGAAAAGACACUCCUCAGUUAAAUUCCAUUAUUUUAAACUAUGGUCUAGAAAUUGUAUGUAUUAUUGUAUUUAAUUUUAUUACGAUAUAGAAACUCCGAAUGAUUUACUCCAUGUUUAAUGAUUUAUUAAUAUGAAAUCGAUUUGAAUUUUAAAUUACAAUAUAAUUUUAUUUUUCAGUUGAUUGUCAGAAAUCUUGUAUAUUUUGGGUUAUAAUGAUAUGUCAUAUUUUUGUUAUAUGGUUUCUCUAUUUAUGAAGUAUAGCUAAGUAAGCUAUCCACUGCCGAUUAUGGAAACAAAUACGUUGUACAGUCGAUGUACAUAAUUAUUUAGAUUAUUGUGCCACGCACUGACAUUGUACAUAUUUACAAUAAGAUUGAAUUGUUAAGUUUUUUGUAAAUUCCUACAUAAUAAAUGUAAUUAUCAAAUAA